AAAUAUUUUAGGAGAGAGAAAACCAGACUCUCAUUGCCAAGAUUGCUUCUCUUCAGGAAGAGAACUUCAAGGUCACCAUGGAGACAGACAAGCUUCAGAGGAGAAUAGCGGAGCUGUGUGACAUUAAUGCUGACCUUCAGGUGCAGAUUCACUCUUUUGAUGCUGUUGUUGAUGAUAAGGAAGCAGUGAUACUGGAGAAAAGCAGACAAAUAGAUGAGCUGAAGGCAGCCAUGGAGGAAUACUCCUCCAUCACAGAGCUGCUGAGAGCAGAGAAGAGCAAACUGGAGAACCAGAUGCAGAUGAUGGACCAAGAUCUGUUUGGGGCUGGUCUGCCCAUGUCUAUGGCCUACAGGAUAAACCAGAAUUGCUCAGGAUCCCUACAAACAGAGUUGGCUUUGGCACAGUCACCAGUGGAAGUCAGCACUCCCCUACUGUCCAGCACUAUGGCUGUCUUUCACACUUGCUUACCUUUUUAUUUAUGAUGUUCUUUCUCCUUGCUCUCAUUCUCAUAUGGGGCUUCUUGCACAUUCUGCACACAAUACAAAGCACAGUCUGACAUUAGAUGCUGUUCUUCACAUGCACAAUGCAGCUUUCUUUGCAAUAAAUAUACUGAUGGUAAC